GGCGACGGGAGGCGGGGGGAUUCAAGAUGGCGGCGCUCCUGAGGCAGGCGCCGCUUCGGGAGCAGCAGCGGGGCCCCUUCAGAGCGGCAGGCGCGGGGCGGCGAGGGCCGGGCUGGGCCACGGAGGGACUUCCGCGUCGCCGCUGCUGCUAACUAGCGCCGGGGGAGGAUGGGGAGCGGCGGAGGCGAGGAGGAGAGGGGGCGGCGGCUCCACCACCACCUGCACCAGCAGACACGGCCACUGCCUCUGACACAGCCGCGCCACUGCUCCUGCUGACGACGAAACUGGGCCAGAGCGGGUUCCUUUUUUGUAUUUUUCUUUUUUUGUAUCUCUCGUUUUGUUCGCAAGGACUGGGGAAAGGGAAACCUCGCCCUCAGGGAAAAGGCCGGCCGGUCGGUCGAGGGGAUGUGGCGCUGGAUCCGUCAGCAGCUGGGUUUUGACCCACCACAUCAAAGUGAUAAUCGAACUAUUUAUAUUGCAAAUCGUUUUCCCCAGCAUGGCCAUUAUGUUCCUCAGAAAUUUGCAGAAAACAGGAUCAUCUCCUCUAAGUAUACUGUGUGGAAUUUUGUUCCAAAAAAUUUAUUUGAGCAGUUCAGAAGAGUAGCUAACUUCUAUUUUCUUAUUAUAUUUUUGGUUCAGCUUAUGAUAGAUACACCUACAAGUCCAGUUACAAGUGGAUUACCAUUGUUUUUUGUAAUAACAGUAACUGCAAUAAAGCAGGGAUAUGAAGAUUGGUUGCGACAUAAAGCAGACAAUGAAGUGAAUGGAGCUCCAGUAUAUGUCGUUCGUAGCGGUGGCCUUGUAAAAACUAGAUCAAAAAACAUACGGGUGGGAGAUAUUGUCAGAGUAGCCAAAGAUGAAACUUUCCCUGUUGAUCUUGUACUUCUGUCAUCUGACAGAGUCGAUGGCUCUUGUUACGUAACUACUGCAAGUUUGGAUGGAGAAACAAAUCUUAAGACACAUGUUGCAGUCCCAGAAACUGCAGUAUUGCAGUCAGUUGCCAACCUGGACAAGCUUGUAGCUGUUAUAGAAUGCCAACAGCCAGAAGCAGAUCUCUACAGAUUUGUCGGGCGAAUAACAAUAAGUCAACAAAUUGAGGAAAUAGUCCGACCACUUGGACCCGAAAGUCUUUUACUUCGUGGAGCAAGAUUAAAAAACACAAAAGAAAUUUUUGGUGUUGCAGUGUAUACAGGAAUGGAAACCAAGAUGGCAUUAAAUUACAAGAGUAAAUCUCAAAAGCGAUCAGCAGUGGAAAAGUCUAUGAAUUCCUUUUUGAUUAUCUAUCUAAUAAUCCUCCUUGUUGAAGCCAUUGUGAGUACAAUAUUGAAAUAUGCUUGGCAGUCGGAAGAAAAGUGGAAUGAACCUUGGUACAACCAACUCACUGAUCAUGAAAGAAAUAGCAGUAAGAUCUUGAGCUUUAUUUCAGAUUUCCUUGCCUUCCUGGUCCUUUACAACUUUAUUAUACCUAUUUCACUUUAUGUGACUGUCGAGAUGCAGAAAUUUCUUGGAUCUUUUUUUAUUAAUUGGGAUCUUGAUCUCUAUCAUGAAGAAACAAAUGAGAAGGCACAAGUAAAUACUUCAGACCUCAAUGAGGAGCUGGGACAGGUGGAGUAUGUGUUUACAGAUAAAACUGGUACAUUAACUGAAAAUGUGAUGCAGUUUCGGGAAUGCUCCAUUAAUGGUAUCAAAUACCAAGAAAUCAAUGGCAAGCUUGUUCCAGAAGGACUGAUUGAAGAUGUUCCAGAUGGACUACGACCCAACCUGACACGAGAGGAAGAACUUUUCUUGAAAGCUGUUUGUCUUUGUCAUACAGUGCAGAUUAUUAAUGACCAGGCUGAUGGCAUAUGCGACAGUCCUUGGCGUAGCAAUGGCAUAUCAUCUCAGCUGGAGUACUAUGCCUCUUCGCCAGAUGAAAAGGCUUUAGUUGAAGCUGCCUGCAGGGUAGGCGUUGUGCUCACUGGAGCAAGUUCAGACAGUAUGGAGCUAAAAAGCUGUGGGAAGCCAGAAAGGUACAAAUUGCUACAUGUUCUGGAGUUUGAUGCGGAUCGCAGAAGAAUGAGUGUAAUUGUAGAAAGUCCGACAGGGGGCAAAUUCUUAUUCACCAAAGGAGCAGAAUCUGUUGUUAUUCCUCGCAGUAGCGAUGGCGAAAUCGAAAAAACAAGAAUUCAUGUGGAUGAAUUUGCUUUGAAAGGAUUAAGGACUCUGUGUGUAGCUUACAGAAAAUUCACACCCAAGGAAUAUCAAGAAGUAGAAAAACGCCUUUUUGAGGCAAAAACCGCCUUACAGCAGAGAGAAGAACGGUUGGCUGAAGUUUAUGACUUUAUAGAAAAAGACCUGGCAAUACUGGGAGCUACAGGGGUAGAAGACAAACUCCAAGAUAAAGUCCAGGAAACCAUUGAAGCCCUUCGACUGGCUGGUAUCAAAGUGUGGGUCCUCACUGGUGACAAGCAUGAAACGGCUGUGAGCGUCAGUCUGUCCUGCGGACACUUCCACAGGACCAUGAACAUCCUAGAACUGGUUCAGCACAAGUCGGACAGUACAUGUGCUGAGCAGCUGACACAGCUAGCCAGGAGAAUAAAGGAGGACCACGUCAUCCAGCACGGGUUAGUAGUGGAUGGGACCAGCCUUUCGCUGGCACUCAGGCAACAUGAGAAGCUCUUCAUGGAAGUCUGUAGAAAUUGCUCUGCAGUGCUGUGUUGUCGCAUGGCACCUCUGCAAAAAGCAAAGGUUGUACGACUAUUAAAAACAUCUCCAGAGAAGCCUAUCACACUAGCUAUUGGUGAUGGGGCUAAUGAUGUAAGCAUGAUACAGGAAGCCCAUGUUGGUAUAGGUAUCAUGGGCAAAGAAGGAAGACAAGCUGUAAGAAACAGCGACUAUGCAAUAGCAAGAUUUAAAUAUCUUUCCAAGUUACUUUUUGUCCAUGGCCACCUUUACUAUGUUAGAAUAGCAACCCUUGUACAGUACUUUUUUUACAAGAAUGUGUGCUUUAUUACACCACAGUUUUUAUAUCAGUUCUUCUGCUUGUUUUCACAACAAACUCUGUAUGACAGUGUAUACCUGACUUUGUACAACAUAUGUUUCACUUCCCUGCCAGUCCUUAUGUACAGUCUUUUUGAACAGCAUGUUCACCCUCAUGUGUUACACAGCAAGCCAACGCUCUAUCGGGACAUCAGCAAAAAUGCUCAUCUGGGUUUUAAACCUUUCCUUUAUUGGACCUUCUUGGGAUUUGUGCAUGCAUUUAUUUUCUUCUUUGGGUCAUAUCUUCUGAUGGGAGAAGACACCUCUUUGCUAGGAAAUGGCCAGAUAUUGAAACCUAACAGGCAAAUGAUGUUUGGAAACUGGACAUUUGGCACUCUGGUCUUCACAGUUAUGGUGAUAACUGUUACAAUGAAGAUGGCUUUAGAAACUCAUUUCUGGACAUGGAUAAACCAUUUUGUCACCUGGGGUUCCAUUGCAUUUUACUUCGUAUUCUCCUUGUUCUAUGGCGGAAUUAUCUGGCCAUUUUUGCACACUCAAGACAUGUACUUUGUAUUUGUUCAGUUACUGUCCAGUGGCUCUGCCUGGUUUGCCAUAAUCAUCAUAGUCAUUACUUGUUUGUUUCCUGAUGUUGCGAAGAAAGUACUGUACAGACACCUACAACCCACAAGUACAGAAAAAGCCCAGCUUGCUGAGACAGGCGCAGGUAUCAACUGCUUGGACUCCGUGUGUUGCUUCUCAAAUGGGGAAACCGCAUGCGCAUCUCUUAGAAGAAUGCUGGAACGAAUAAUGGGACGCUGCAGCCCGGCCCGGGUCAACAGGUGUGGAAUUUCUCUCAAUUGCCUUUGCUGCAGACGGUUCUCCUAUAAACUGGAACAAGAUGAACCGGCAGUUAUAGAUGUGUAGCAAAAGGCAGGAAAACGCUCCUCAUAGGCACUGUUUUGGACCUGAAAAGAGCAGUUAAUGUUGCUUUUUAUGUGGGAGAUUCCUUCUGACGGAGGGGAAGAACUGAAGUGUCUUCAUGUUGCUAUUUUUUCUUUUGUUCCAAAAAUAUGCUGCAUUUUUAUUAUUCAUUUUUGAUAAAGCCGCUGCCGUGUGCCUAUAGCAGCUUUGACAUACACAUGACGCUCUGCACGCGAACCAAGGCUCCCUUGUUCUUUGUAGCUGCCAGCCAAUGGUCCACACCGGUGCCAAUGAAGAGGGUAGCUUUUGCUCACACACGGCUUCAUGUGUGUGCCAGAGCCCCACGUAACCUCAGUCCGCUUCUUUUCUUGUAUCAUGUAGAUCUAGGUAUAUCAAUAAUGUCUUCUUGGUUUUGUUUGUCCUGUCCCUUAAAAUCUAGUCUCUGUCCUGUCUUAUAUUCCUGAUUUAGCUGCUUUGCCUUCACAAAUGAGAAAUCUGUGAAAUCAAAAGGCUUGUUCCUCGUUUGUUCAAUGUAUGUCUGUUCACUAGUCAUGCUGCAAUUUCUGGUUCCAAAGCUGCAAGGUUGUAUUUUCACCCCUGGUAUUUACUCCUGCUAGAGACGUUUACUUUUGGGAAGCUUACGUUGUCCUUUGGCAGUGUGAAAAUAAAUAUUUUUAAAAUGUU